ACAGCUUCAGACUCAGCUUGAGUCUCAGCAUCUCUUUCACCUGCCGUCGAGACAAACUCAAGGACAAUAAACCCAAAGAUUUUGAGCAGCAGAAGAAAUAUCCUUAUGGAUUGUUAAGGCAACUUUGUGGACUGCCAUCUGAAUCACUAUACCUGGAAACUUUGAGGAGACUCACGCUCUGUCUGACAGGACAGAAGAGACGGAGACACAGGCAUCAUUGUCCAGCGAGGAUGAGGACGUUAUACUCUAGAUGGGUUCUGCAGCGGUGGUUCUUUGCUCUCUUCUUACUGUGUUCUCCUGUUCCGCACCACGGCAGGCCCGUCGACGCCCUCAGCAGCCGAAUGAGGCGUUCAGUGACUCACGCUCAGCUGAUGCACGAUAAGGGCCGGACGCUGCAGGACAUCAAGAGGCGCAUGUGGCUGCAGGAGCUGCUGCAAGAUGUUCACACGGCCGAGAUCCGGGACGUCCCGCAGCCCAGAGGAGGCAUGGCCAGCAGCGGAGGGGGCGGCGGCCUCACGGUUGCCAUGCCGAUGGGAGUGGGUGUGUCCAUAGGGACGGGAACCGCCCACCCCAAACCCGCCGGAGGCACCAAGAACCUGCCGAUCAGCUUCCGUCUGGAGGACGAGGAGGGAACCAACCUCCCGCAGGAAACCAACAAGUCCCAGACGUACAAGGAGAGCACGCUGAAGGCCAUCGGCAAGAGGAAGAAGAAAGGCCGCGCGGGGAAGAGGAGGGAGGGGGAGAAGAGGAAGAGGAGGGCUCGAUCGCUGCAGGAGUUCACCAGCGCUUUCCACCUGGAGCAGCACUAAAACACUGUCAGUCUUUGACAACGAUCCGUGAGGACAUUUGAAAUGGACACCUAAAUGUUCAUCUAAAAGAGAGAGGAAAAUAUUUAUUGUCUGUAAAUAUUCUCAGUGCGCCCGAACAAUGACAAAGACAACUAACGAUACUGCUAAAGCAUUAUUACAGCUCCACGGAGCCACACAUUUGGAUCCUUGUGAAUACUUUGCUUUGUUUCUUUUUCGUUUUCCUUUUUAUUCUUUUUUAUUUUUAUUUUUUAGGACUAUGCCUCUAUUACGGUGUCAGAAUUCCUGUAAUUUAUUUUGUUUGA